CGGUCGGAGAUUUUGAGUAAGUAGCGUGCCAAGACAACAAGCGAGCCAAUUAGUGUCUCGCUUUAACUUAUGAAUCUGUUGCGGGACAUCCAGUCAGCAAGUUUUUGAUGACCUCGUCAUUGAAUCAGCCAACAUCGCCCCCAGGAAAACCAUCAAGAAAACCAAAACCUGCAAGCCCAUACACCGUCGCUCUCCAUCCCAAAUCGCUGCCCGGUUACAAUGCGCCUACAGUAAGAACAAAUCAUAGACCCCCCCCUCAAGAGACCAGCUAGUGUCGAGCUAAGCAGAGAUCUGAAGCUACCA